AUGAUGGUGACAGUGCGCCGCGUUGUGUGUGUGUUGGCCGCCGCUCUGUGCUGCACGGCCUUGUGCGUGGCUGCUGCUGCUCCUGGUACUUCCGCUGCGCCUUCCACAGGCGGUGCUACUGGUGCGCCUGAUUUGUCGAUGAAGCAGACGGUCGUCACUGCAAAGACGGAGACCUUUGAGGCAGCAAGGAAAGCGGAGGAAGCAGCAAUUGCUUUUAAAGAUGCUCUGAGUAAAGCGGUGAAGGUGCAGGAGGCGACCAGGACGACAGCAGAGGACGAAAUGGGUAUUCUGGAGAAAGGCGCCAAGAGGGCGGUGGGGCUUGGGUACGUGGCUUCGCAGAAAACGCUUGCUGCUCUAACUUUGUUGGAGUCUCUUCGAGUGCCUGACGAUGAGGUACAGAAUAAAGCUAAAGAAGCGGUCUCAGAGGCUACGAAGGCAGUGACGAAUGCCACAAAGGCAGUGACAGACGCUGAGUCUCUGCUGAAAGAAGUGAAGACAGAGGAGCAGAAAGUGAAGGAAGCCAUGGAGAAAGCUAAGCAAGGGGCGGGGAGUAUACCAACAGGAGCGGAGCAUGUUCUCGCUGCGGUUGGGAAAGCCGAACAAGAGGCUAACAAAGCAAGUGCUGCUGUGGAUAACUACAUCAAGAAGCUAAACGAUGCAAACCAAGCGGUAAAGGAUGUUCUUACUGGAACGAAGGCCAUAUAUAGUGCGGCAACGAAAGUGGAUGAGUGUGCCAAGAAAGUUAAAUCGGGGACAGUGACAGCUAAAGGUGAAUGCAAUGAACACAAACAAGUGACGCUUGAUGGGUUUGAGGCUCUCUUAAGAGGACUGAAACGAACCAACGAGGCAAUAGUGCCCUCUAAGACCAAAUAUGAAGAACUUGCUGGCCUCUUGCCGACUGCAAUGAAGUAUAUGGAGAGUGCUGUAAGGCUUGCUAAAGAUGCGAAAUCAACCGCUGAAGUGGCGUUGCAGCAAGCCAGGAAGCAGCUCGAAGCCGAUGAGCAAAAACAGAAUGAAAUGAAGGAGAAGCAACGGCGAGAGAGUGAGAAGCAGAGAGAUACGAACGAGGAUCAUGAGAAACAAAAAGAGGAGAUUCUGGAGAGCGAAGUGAGUGAAAGGGACGAACAAAAAGGACUCAACCGUCCUCAACAACAGGGAACCAUUGAUGUCCCUGCAACUACUCCUCCUGUUCCUGUGUUGUUGCCUAAGAGUGAUGGCACUGCGGAUGGCGAGAAGCUUCUUGCUCAGCACACAGAUGG